AUGGUGUGCGACGACGGGCUCAAUGCAUCAUCGCCUCACGGACGCCGCAAGUCCCUCCGACGGCUCGCCUCUACGCGCGGCUUCAAGCCCCGACACACAUGCGAUAACGGAUGGAUACGCGUUUUCGAAGGUCUCGAACCCUACACCGUCGAUGCACCCAGCAAACUCCUCAAGAUCUCCUUGAGCACCACAGUCGGAGAGGUUAACGAAAAACUCGGAUUCGGCGACGAACUCACGCUAUGGCUACAGAUCGGCGGAGAAAAAUCUAGACGACUGGAAAAGAAUGAGUUUCCAUUGAGAAUACAAGAAAAUUUUCUUACCUCACAUGGCUGGACGUCCGAAGCCAGAAGACAAAGACUGGCUGUUGACCCCGAACUGAAAUAUACAAUACGUUGGUGCGCUGGACCCUCUGAUAGAUCUGGCGGGAUACUAAGAUCCGGCACUAUUAAUAUCUUAAAAGGACACGUAUUUCCACAAUGGAAAUCUCGACCGGCCCACAUAAUUGGUUCUCAACUGCAUUCUUUAGGAUCAAGUUGGGAAAUGUUAGAAUUGUGUGGAGGAGUUAUAGAGCUUUGCCCACCGAAAGCUCAAAAAUUGGUGCUGUGCGUCAAACCUCGUUGCCAGAGUAACCUGCUCCAUGGAGAUGCAACUAUGAAUCACGUAUUUCUUGGAUUCAAUAGUGUUUGGGAGCGCAACAUGUGGUUCUGCUGGUUAAAAGAGGCUACCCAGAGCACGCAACCACCGAAUAUCUUGGACCUCAGCGGGGGCGGUGGACGUUUGACACUCGAGUCUGCCCUCACGCAACAUGCGUCCGGUCCUUUCGCUGUAAGGGUCUUGAAGCUGCAGAAUAAUGCGCUAGCAUCACUGCCUUCCCAACUAUGGGACAUGCAAUCGCUCACUCACCUGGACUUAGGCGACAACCGCCUUACCGAUUUACCAGAGGAAAUAUGCCAAUUGACUCAAUUAGAAGAACUCAAAGUGGGUCAGAACGAGCUUCAUUCUCUGGACUGCGUCUUGAAGUUGCCGCGCUUGAGGAACCUCGAGGCGGCAAAUAAUUUAAUUACACACUUUGGAAAAAGCAACAUACAAAUGGCUCCCAACGAAGAGAACAAGUCUGAAUAUCGAGCACCUCUCACCAACGUAGAUCUCAGACACAAUAGGCUGAAAGGCAGCAUUAUCCUGGGUAAUUAUGAGCACCUGGUAACGUUAGACGUGUCCCACAACUCCGUGGAGGUGUUGGUGGUGUCAGCACUGCGUGGUCUCCGCGAGUUAUAUGCUGCCCACAACACUCUACAGCACCUGGCUUUGCACGGUGCCUCGCUGCGGAUCUUAAAAGCACCUCACAAUCAAUUAGAGUGCCUAACUACAACAGUCCCACCGAUCAAUCUAGUUGAAAUUGACGUAUCGCAUAAUAAGUUGACAUCACUACCACACUGGCUCAGCGGCUGUUCGGACCUCACGACUAUUCGUGCUAGCAACAAUAAAUUAACUUCCCUACCGGAGCAUCUGUUCUGUAGUGAACUUUCCAGUCUGUGCAAAUUACACUUAGCCCAUAACAAAAUUUCAAAUAUUCCUUCAAUGCCGAGACUUAGAGCACCAUUAAAGGAAUUACUGCUCCAUGAUAAUUGUAUACAAUUUCUACCAGAAAAUUUCUUUUCAGUGUGUGACCGAUUAUGUGUGUUAAAUUUGUCCAAUAACAGAUUGAAUCGUUUACCUGCUGCUCGUGGCCCCUCAUCAUAUUCUUUAGAACGAUUAUAUUUAUCUGCAAAUUGUUUGAACGACGAUGUAUCAAGUGUUAUCAUUGCUUUCCGAGGACUAAAAAUACUUCAUAUCGCCUAUAAUUGCCUCACGAGUUUGCCUGAAGGCUGCAUAAGCUAUUGGCCAGAUAUAGAAGAACUGGUGCUAUCAGGAAAUUCCAUUACAAGACUACCUGAAAGCUUGCCUCAACUUAAUCAUAUAAGAAUUGUAAGGGCGCACUCAAACAGACUAAUAUCUGUACCAAUGUUUGCUUGUAACGCUUCAGUAAAAAUAUUGGAUUUCGCUCAUAACGAACUUGAUAGUAUAGACUUAAGACUUCUUGCCCCAAAGCAACUUAAAUUUUUGGAUAUAUCGUGUAAUAAAAAAUUGCAAGUAGAUCCUUCACAGUUUAGUGCAUACAGAUGUCAACGGCCCCUAAGUUUGGUCGAUGUAACUGGAAGAAAUUCUUUAUCUUGGGUUCAAAAAAGUGGUUAUCACGAAGAGAUGAAUGGUCACACCCCUUGGGCGAAUGGAUUUUCAGAGUGUCCCAAUAAAUCACUACAACUUUGUUGUGCUCAAAUUCGAUUACAGUCAUUUUGCAAUAAAGAAGGUUUUUUUGCAAUAAUUGACGGGGAAACUGACAUGGAAGUGCCUAAAAUUUUACAAUCUAGUUUGCCUGGAUUGCUACUGGAAGAAAAAUCAAUCAAAGAAACAGUUAAUGAAUAUAUGAAAUAUGUAGUAUUAUCAGCACAUAGAGAACUUAAAGAAAAAGGCCAAAAAAAGGGUGCUUGUUUAAUAAUGUGCCAUUUAACUCCUAUAAACUCGCCAGAUAAUGGUUUCGGACAAACAUCGAAAAAGUAUAAUAUGAGACUAGCAAAUGUUGGAGACACGAAAGCAGUCUUAAGUAGACGAAAUGGUCCUUUAUGUUUAGGUCUUGAAAAUAACAAAAGAUUGGGCUAUUCUACGAGGUAUCCAAACACAGUUCCAGACCCCGAUGUCAUACAAACAGUUAUAAAAGAAGACGAUGAGUUUUUAAUUAUGGGCAAUGGGAAAUUUUGGAAUGUUAUUAAUAUAGAUACGGCGGUAUCUGAAGUGAGAGCUGAACGUAAUCCAGUUCUCGCCGCAAAGAGAUUGCAGGAUCUGGCACAAAGCUAUGGUGUAGAGGAUUGUUUAUCAGUUUUAAUAAUAAGAUUUGACACUGUGCGAUCUGAUGUGGAUAUGCUAAUGAGGGAGCUGAGACAAACUAUAACUAGUAACAAAUCGAUGUGCAGAGCGGACUGUUGUUGUUCGCGAAUGGAGCCUUGUUGUCAUUCAACUACUCCACCUAAGCCUAGUAGCGAUCGGUCUUCACCGAGUGGACAAAGUGAUCGACCUCCUAGUGAGUCCGUCAGCCACCAACACUACGCCAGCGUACGCUCACAACAUAGGCCAUCAGAACGGAGAAGUUGCAGAGGUGGAGUCGCAAGAGCUAUUCGUGUCCGUGUAGAGGAGGAUAAAGAAGACGACUCCAAAAUAGAUGAACUUCCUGAUUCAGAAGAACAAUUUAAAUGCUGGGAAUACAUGCUAGAACAAAAUACCCAGAUGUUAUUCGAUAAAGAAUUGGAUAAUCUCUCCAAGGGUAUCAAAUCAAAUGUAAGCAGUUUGAGAAAUAUUAAAGGACUGUCCGGCAGCAGUCCUCAAUUGCACAUAAAUGGUAAACAAAGUAAGGGUGUCCCGUUUUUAUCUAAGCAUUUCGGUAGUGCAAGGUCAUUCGGAACAGCUCUGAAGCCUGAUGUAAGAUUUGGAUCCGGAAGAGUGCCAAAUGGAGGUCCCAAUGCAGCAUAUUUCGGUUCUUUACAACGCUUGAUGCCUUACCAUUUAGAAUAUGAUUUUGCUGUGAUACAAGAAAAAAGCGCGCAAUCCGAGGAUUCAUUAGACCUUGAAGGCCGCAUGCAACAUUAUUGGGGCGUAGCCACUACUGAACUAUAA